AUGGCAUCAUCAGUUCCUGGACCAAUUAGUUUACCCGAAUCAAGAUUUGAUUUAAGCACUUAUUGGGGACGAGUUCGUCAUUGUGCUGAGAUUUCAGAUCCACGAAUGUUAUUGACUACUAAUGAAGACUUACAAAAGGCUUAUAAGGUUGUCAGUUCAUAUAAGAAUGGACUAAUCAAAGAGACUACUCAAGAGUUUUGGAAAUCGAAAAAAGUCUUGGAUUCUACCGUUCAUCCUGAUACGGGUGAUAAAGUUUUCUUACCCUUUAGAAUGUCAUGUAAUGUUCUUUCUAAUUUGGUUGUUACUGCUGGUAUGUUAACACCUGGUUUAGGUACUGCGGGGACAUUAUUUUGGCAAUGGGCUAAUCAAUCCUUAAAUGUAGCUAUCAAUUCUGCCAAUGCUAAUAAAUCCGAUCCAUUAACUACAAGACAAUUGAUUGAGAAUUAUACUGUUGCAGUGAGUGCGUCAUGUGGUGUUGCAGUGGGAUUGAAUAAAUUAGUACCUAAAUUAAGGGGUAUUUCACCACAUACAAAAUUGAUUCUAAGUAGAUUAGUUCCAUUUGCUGCCGUUGUUACAGCUGGUGUUGUGAAUGUGUUUUUAAUGAGAGGUAAUGAAAUUCGUAAUGGGAUCAGUGUAUAUGAUAAGGAAAGUGGUGAAGAAAUUGGUAAAUCUCAAAGAGCUGCAUUUAAAGCUGUUGGGCAAACAGCGUUGAGUCGAGUGAUUAAUGCUACUCCAGUGAUGGUUAUUCCACCUUUAAUAUUGGUUAAAUUGCAAAGUGGUAUUUUGAAGGGUAAAUCAAUGAAGAUUCAAAACUUAGCUAAUUUAGGGUUAGUUGGUAGUACAUUAUUUGUUGCGUUACCUUUUGCCAUUGGAGUUUUUCCACAACGCCAAAGCAUGAGAAGAGAUCAAUUGGAGGAACAUUUACAACGUCGUGCAUUAAGUGAAACUGUAUACUUCAAUCGUGGUAUAUAA